GGGGGCCUUUGUCCUUCAGUGGCUGUGAGGCAGCUGAGGUGUAGGUUGCGCGGCUCCUGGUGGGGCUGAGAGUGGAGCCCGGAGGUGACGGGCGACCGAUCCCGGCGGGAGGGGCGGACUGCGCGGUGGCGGCGGGCGCUGGAGGAGCCUGUGAGGGAGUACCGAGCCGGCGCCCGCGCGCCCUAGGGUGCAAGAGCUGCCCCGCCGCUCUCUCUCUGUGGGGGACCUGCAGUUGCAAUAUGACUUUGGAGGAAUUCUCUGCUGGAGAGCCAAAGACCGAAAGGAUGGAUAAUGUGGGGGAUGCCCUGGAGGAAGUGCUGAGCAAAGCCCUGAGUCAGCGCACCAUCACGGUCGGGGUGUACGAGGCGGCUAAGCUGCUCAAUGUCGACCCGGACAACGUGGUGCUUUGCCUGCUGGCCGCCGACGAGGACGACGACAGGGAUGUGGCCCUGCAGAUCCACUUCACCCUAAUCCAGGCGUUCUGCUGCGAGAACGACAUCAACAUCCUGCGCGUCAGCAACCCGGGCCGCCUGGCCAAGCUCCUGCUGCUGGAGACCGACGCCAGCCCGGGGGCCAGCGAGGGCGCCGAGCAGCCCCCGGACCUGCACUGCGUGCUCGUGACGAAUCCACAUUCAUCGCAGUGGAAGGAUCCCGCCUUAAGUCAACUUAUUUGCUUUUGCCGGGAAAGUCGCUACAUGGAUCAGUGGGUUCCAGUAAUUAAUCUUCCUGAACGGUGAUGGCAUCUGAAUGAAAAUAACUGAACCAAAUUGCACUGGAGUUUUGAAAUACCUUUGUAGUUACUCAAGCAGUUACUCCCUACACUGAUGCAAGGAUUACAGAAACUGAUGUCAAGGGGCUGAGUUCAACUACAUGCUCUGGGGGCCCAGAGUUAGAUGACUUUGCAGAUGGAAAGAGGUGGAAAUGAAGAAGGAAACUGUGUUGAAACAGAAAUACAAGUCAAAAGGAACAAAAAUUACAAAGAACCACGCAGGAAGGAAAACAAACUAUGUAUUAAUUUAGGAUGGUUGAGUUACAUUUAAUUAAACCAAAUAUGUUUUGUUAAAGUUUAAAUGUGCAGCAGUUAUUUGGGUAUUUUGGGUUUAUAUGCCCGCAAGUAAAAGAAAAGCAGAAAGGGUUAAUCAUAUUUUAAAACCAUAUUUUAUUGUAUUUUGAUGAGAUGUUAAAUUCUCAAAGUUUUAUUAUAAAUUGUACUAAGUUAUUUUGACAUGAAAGGUUAUUUAUGCUAUAAAAUUUUUGAAACAAUGCCUACAAUAAACUGGUAUGGAAUAAUUGCAUUAUUCCUUAAUGUGUGCUUUUGUUUCUUUUAACUUGGACUUUAUUUUUAAAAAGCUUUUUAAUAUGAAAAAAAUUAAAAUUUCUGAAAUCAUAUGUAUAAUAUGUGUGUGUCUAUACUGUAUAUAGAUAUAUAUCUCUGUGUAUAUAUGCAUGUAUAUGUUUUUUUCUACUUUUUAAACAUUUGUGCUGGA